CAGUUUUUGAGUUUGUUUAUUGAAGCAUAUUAUAAAUCUGUAGUUCCUCUGUAAUUUGUAGGCUCUUCCUCUCCGUUUAACAGAAAUCGCAACUCUUCUGCAAUCGGUUUGAGAAAUAGAGAGCGAGAGAGACUCUCUGUUGCUUAUCUGAAUGACUUCAGUUAGGUGCCGAUUCAGGAUGAAUUUCUAUCCUUCGGUGCUGUUCUUCUCGAUUUUUCUCAUUGGUUGUUCCUCUGCUCUCGAGCAAGGAGAAACUUGCGUCGCGAACAAAAACUGUGACUCGGGGCUGCAUUGCGAGACUUGCCUUGCGAACGGCAAUGUCCGGCCGCGGUGCACUCGUCUUCAUCCUGUCAAUCCAUUUUCAAAGGUGAAAGGAUUGCCGUUUGAUCGGUACUCGUGGCUAACAACUCACAACUCCUUCGCCAGAUUUGGAGCCAAAUCAGCUACGGGAAGCGUAAUAUUAUCUCCACAGAAUCAGCAGGACUCCAUAACUAGUCAGCUCAGUAACGGGGUGAGAGGAUUGAUGCUAGAUAUGUAUGACUUCAACAAUGAUAUCUGGCUAUGCCAUUCCUUUGGAGGAAAGUGCUACAACUACACGGCUUUUCAACCUGCUCUAAAUGUCUUGAAAGAGGUCCAGCUGUUUCUCAAAUCGAAUCCUUCCGAGAUAGUCACUAUCAUCAUCGAAGACUAUGUUACAUCUCCUCAAGGCCUGACUAAGGUUUUCAAUGCUGCUGGAUUGAGAAAAUUCUGGUUUCCGGUGUCGCGAAUGCCCAAGAACGGCGGAGAGUGGCCGUCAGUCGAUAGCAUGGUAAAACAGAACCAACGAUUAGUUGUCUUCACUUCUAAAUCUUCAAAGGAAGCAUCGGAAGGCAUUGCGUACCAAUGGAAGUACAUCGUGGAAAAUCAAUGUGAGCCUACUAAUAAACUCCGGGACUUUUUUUACAUCCUAUGUAUUGAAACAGGUCGUUUUGUUAUUACUUUCUUGUGUUAUGAAAUCACAGAUGGAAAUGGCGGUAUGACAGCUGGAUCAUGUCCUAAUCGAGCAGAAUCAUCUCCAAUGAAUGAGACAUUGAGGUCCCUUGUUCUAAUGAACUAUUUUCCAGACAAUCCUGAUCUCGCCACUGCCUGCAAACACAAUUCAGAGCCUUUGAUCACAAUGAUGAACACAUGCCAUCGAGUAGAUGGUAGACGAUGGCCUAAUUAUAUCGCAGUUGAUUUUUACAAGCGAAGCGAUGGAGGGGGUGCACCCGAAGCAGUAGAUGAAGCAAAUGGGCAGCUAAUUUGUGGCUGCAAAUCUAUAUCUUCUUGCAAGGAAAAUAUGACAUUUGGAGUAUGCGAAAAACCCGAGGCAAGUAUUGCUCCAGCUGCAGCAGCCAACAACGAAACCAGCUAUGGAGUGUUCGACAGUCGGCCCGAGCAACUGCAAUGGCUGCUCGGCAUACUUCUCGCGACAAUCCUAUCCCUGUGAGUUCUUGCCAUGCUUGUAACAAUGUGAAUUCAUAAUUCUUUGAUUUCCUGGUAAAGCAAAGUUAGUGUAGUAUAGUAUACUUGCUGCCUUAACAUGUUAAAAAGAAAAGAAAAAAAAUAAUUGGAUAGCAUAAAACAGAGUAAUUGGAGAGGUAGAUGAUCAUAUGUAGUUUCUUCUGCCAUUACAAGCUUCAAGUUGGCAGAUAACAGCAGCUAUGAAUCUUGGCUGGUGGUGAAAUUCAUGACAGAAGAAAAUUUAAAAUGGCGUUACUGUUAAUUAGCUAGCUGCAAGCUGUUCUUGUUGUUUACUUGUGUUAGAGAGUCUUGAGUCUUGAGUUAGAUGGAUGUAUUGUAUGUAUUGCUGCUGCUUACUUGCUUUCGGAUUCUUUCUAUUGAUAUUACCAUAAUCGAAAAAUGAUCUGUAGGAAGUUAUAAAUGCCUGAACCUUGCUUGAUUCAUUUUUUUUUAUAGUUAAUAGCACUUCGGUUACAUCAGUUA